GACCUUUUGUCGAUGGCCGGACGAAAAAAGAUUUUGCUGAAAGUGAUCAUUGUAGGUGAUAGCGGAGUUGGAAAAACUUCGUUAAUGAAUCAAUAUGUUACUCGAAAAUUCAGCAACCAAUACAAAGCUACCAUUGGUGCUGAUUUUCUUACUAAGGAAACCGUGGUUGAUGAUCGGCUUGCCACUUUGCAGCUGUGGGACACUGCUGGACAGGAGCGUUUUCAGUCGCUCGGUGUCGCUUUUUACCGCGGAGCAGACUGUUGUGUUCUUGUGUACGACGUAACAAUGCCAAACACAUUUAAGACUUUGGACUCUUGGCGCGACGAGUUCUUAAUUCAGGCCAGCCCACGAGAUCCAGAAAAUUUUCCAUUUGUUGUAAUUGGAAAUAAAUGUGACCUACCCAACCGUGCGAUCGCCGAACGUCGUGCGCGACAGUGGUGUCAAAUGAAGGGAAAUUUGCCUUACUUUGAAUGCAGCGCAAAAGAGGCCACGAAUGUGGAACAAGCUUUUCAACAUGUUGCGCGUGUUGCCUUGGCGCAAGAGUCGGAGGCUGAUAUUUGCAAUGAGUUUCCUGACCAGAUUCAAUUGGGUACUGCUCAUCCUGAGCCCAGGGACGGUUGCGCAUGCUGACUCUUCUGUUCUGAUUACUCCAGCAACUACUUGAUCUCGAUCGAAUUUCCAAGAAACUGAUUACCCCCUCAUAAUCAUACCCGGAUCCGCCCUUUCAUCCAUUCUGCUCAAGAUGGUGAUUUUUGCGGGGUCGUAUGUUCAGGUGUCGCUUCCGCUCACUUUCAUCAAGCAUCGUUUUCUUCACUGGCUCAUUCUAUCAUCUUUGAGACCGUAACGUUUUUACUGUCCUCUCGUCGCCUUCAGUCAUGAUCGUCUCUCACCUUCACACAGCGACUGCUAUCAUGGGGUUCAUUAUUCCUCAUUUUUCUAUACCCACGCGAAUGUACUCCCCACUUUGAUCGACAUAGUUACGUUUUUCUCACCUCACUAACGCAAGUGUAUUUGUAAAUAUCUCAAAUCAGUCAUUGCUCAUUUUUGAUGUAUUUUUUAUAACUUCUAUUCUUGCGCACAACUAUUCUAUCAUCAUCUUUGUUUGUGCCACAGGUGACCGUGUCGCGCGCUUUGUCUGCAAUCAGUACUCGCCACCCAAGGCUGUUUGAUUGCGUUGAACUGCCAACACUAAGGUACUACUGGAUUUCGUUUUGCUUAGCAGAUGCUCGACUUUCCGCCUGUUUAACUACCAAGUUCGUUCUCCUCUGUCUUCCAAAUGCUGUCUUAAAUGCGCCUCCUAGCCUUCAUUUCUCUACUGUCCACAGCGAAAUUACUGGUCAUUUCCAUGCAAGCAUGCUUUGAGUUCACUAUAAGUACGUGGCUUGUAGGAUAUUGAUUUCACCGUUAUCCUCUAGACGCUUCACACUUCUCUCCGGUUCAGUCGGUAACCAUGGCUUACUGCAUGUGAGGUAUUUUUCCUUUUCCAUUCCAUUUGGCAACACCGGAUCUUUAUCUGCUUACUGGGCAAGUCUUGUUCGUUAGCAAAAACGAGUCCGGUCACGAUUACUGAAUACCAUCUGCUUGGAUUGUCGCUCGUAUCCCAU